UUUCUUGCCACAGAACUUGCGGAAGAAUCUUGCUUAAUUCUUGCGCUGCUGUGUAAACACAGCUGCAAGCGGCUCGCAAUAACUUGCAGCAAAAACUUCUGCAAGCGACUUGCUAGUGUAAACCCAACUUUAGAUGGGGGAACCGACAUCAUUUUCAGUAGUCACCAUGCCGCCGUCUAGUGAGCAUCGAGGCUUCGUCGUAGAAAUGUUCUUUAAAACUAAUGAUAGUGUGGUGGCGAUGCAGAGGGCUUUUCGUACGUAGUUUGGUUUGGAUCGCCAUGACAGGGUUCCUGAUGCUAAAACCAUUUAGGAUAUGGAUUACUAGUGUUAGGGCGACAGAAUGUGAUGCUAAAAACAUUAGGAUGUGGAUUACUAGUGUUAGGUCGACAGAAUAUGCACUUCCUAGAAAACUAGAUGGCUGACCUAAAAGUGUGAGGACACCUGAAAACAUCGUGGCAAUGAGAGCGCCCAUUGAACAGUCUCCAUCGAGGCUCUGUGGGAAAACAUGCUGCUGCUCUUGGAAUAUCGUCCAGUAUGCAGUCUGCGAUGUUAAGAAAAAAUGGAAAAGUCUUCGACAGCAGUUCAAAGAAAGGCUGAACUCGCUUUCUAGACAUGCCUCAGGCGGUGCUGCUCACACGGCUCCAGUACAGUGGCCGUAUUUCGAGGCUAUGACGUUCUUACAAGAUAAUUUUGAACCUAGAGCGACUAGUGGGAAUUUGGAUCCUGUGGAUACCAGUGAUACGACUGAACACAACAGCAAGUAUAGUUCUCAUUUUGAUGAAGCUCAUAGCCAACCAACAUCUUUAUCAUCAUCACUUUCACCAGUGUCUUCUAAUCGCGCUGAGACACCACCAAACUCUACACCUGCUGAACGUAGGGCCUACAGGAAGAGACCAUGACCUGUAGGCCCAAUUGCAAUUCAGUUGAUAGAAACUGAAAAAGAGAAGUUGCAUAUGCACAAAGACAAAGAGUUGCUGUUAUCAGAAAAAAAUGAUGAAGAUGUAGUUUUCUUCAUGUGUCUUCUUCCUCACGUGAGACGCAUGACUCCUUUCGACAAAAUGUCGUUCAGAAUAGAUGUGCAUAAACUAGUUAUGGAAAGACAGAUCUUCAGAUCGAAGUUACAGAGGAUACGAUGAAGCUUCGCAACAGUAUAUACAUAUUCAUCCACCUACUUCAAAUAUUAGCACUGAGAAUGGAUCCAUCGGAUUUGCACCGGGAACAGCACUUAGUAACCAACAUUGCACAGUUAAUGGUGUACAAACAUCAAGCCCAGGUGAGAAAAUAACUGGUGGUACAGACUACGAUCGCCCAGAUGAAGCGGAAGUAAGUUUUGUGAAUGUCAAGAACCUGCAUUACA